CCAGUGCAGGCUUAACCUACGAAUUACGAAACACCUCUUCUUCUGUGUUAUUUUGACGGGUCGAAGAAGAAGAAGAAGAAGAAGAAAAUUAGGCCUUUUUAUCUUUCUUUCUUUUUUAAAAAAUAAAUAAAAUAAAAGAGUCUGACUAGAAAACAUGGUUGUUGAUGAUAUGGUGGAGCACAUCAUUAUCGUCGGUUGCGGAAGUUCCUCUUCUUCUCGAUUGUCCGAUGCUUAUCCUAAAAGGGCAUUGAUGGAGGGGAGAUAUAGUGGGGAUUGAUUUGCAGAAGGUGUUUAUAAGAUUGUUCUAUCGAGUUACUUUUGGGAUGGCAACAUUGAACCGACCAGCAACAAAACUCAUCAACGAGAUGAGGUAAAAUGGGCCAUUCUCGUCUUGAUACUUUGUUAAUGGAGAAUCAUCACCCAUCCACGCUGUUGUCCAUGGAUUCAAGUGCAUCUUCUCAUGAGGAACUGGAUUUGGUGAUGAAUACACAAAUCAUAAUUUCAGGUCCACCCGACAUCAAUUUGCCUCCGUCAGCAGAACGUAGCAGCCUGCCUUCACAGCCAUGGAAUUCUGUCACGUGUGAUAUUUUAGAUGUUGGUCUUGGUACUCAAGGAUAUGAGACUGAGAGUUUUCUCAACCUGCCCAAAGCUGGAAGGAAAUGUGCAAAGCGAAAUGAUAGCAUAUGGGGUGCCUGGUUUUUCUUCAGUUUUUACUUUAAGCCUGCAUUGAAUGAUAAAUCUAAGGCCAAGUUUAUCAGGGACAGCAAUGGUGUUUCAGGGUUUGAUAAAUCUGAUCUUAAGCUUGACAUUUUCAUGGUUCAACAUGACAUGGAAAAUAUGUACAUGUGGGCUUUCAAGGAGAGGCCUGACAAUGCAUUGGGAAAGAUGCAGCUGAGGAGUUACAUGAAUGGGCAUUCUCGCCAAGGGGAUCGCCCUUUUCCAUUUAGUGUUGACAAGGGUUUUGUUCGAUCCCACAGGAUGCAACGAAAGCAUUAUAGAGGACUUUCAAAUCCCCAAUGUGUCCAUGGCAUUGAGGUUUUUCCAUCACCCAAUCUGAUGGGCCUCAAUGAGGAUGAACGGAAAAGGUGGAUGGAACUCACUGGCCGAGAUUUGAAUUUUGCAAUCCCACCUGAAGCAAGUGAUUUCAGUUCAUGGAGAAAUCUUCCCAACACGGAUUUUGAGGUUGAGAGUGCUUCAAAUGUACUCACGAAGAAGCUGCUAAAUGGAUCUGGGUUGAAUUUGUCAACUUUUCUGUCUAAUGGUGAUGGGUUGGACCUAUCUCCUGUCAGCAGCAAGAAGAGGAAGGAUUUUUUCCCUCAUGGAAAUGGUGAAGAAUGUUACUUGGCUGUUAAUCCUCCAUCUGAUCGGAUUCCAGAUAUAGAAUUGCAUCCUAGUGAGCCACACUGGUUAAAUGACUUUUCUGGGGUGAUGAAGAGUGUUUAUGGACCAGUUACUGCUACAAAAUCUAUAUAUGAGGAUGAACAAGGUUACUUGAUCAUUGUCAAUUUGCCGUGUGUCGAUCUUCCGAGCGUUAAAGUUUCUUGGAGGAACACUCUUACACGUGGGAUAAUAAAGGUUUCUUGUAUGAGCACAUCUCGAAAGCCAUUUAUCAAGAGACAUGAUAGGACAUUCAAGCUGACAGAUUCAGCCUCAGAACACUCCCCACCUGGAGAGUUUGUCCGUGAAAUCUCACUUUCAACUCGAAUUCCUGAAGAUGCCAAUAUAGAAGCAUACUAUGAUGGGCCAGGAUCAGUGCUAGAGAUCAUGGUGCCAAAACUUCGUGCAGGACCAGAAGAGCAUGAAGUUCGUGUUUGCCUUCGUCCUAAUCUGGGAGGGAAUGAUCUUAUGUUGACUUGACAAAGGCACUUAACAAAAAUUGUUAGGAUUGCCAACAUGGUGCAUAAAUAGUUGUUUUGCUAACUUUGUGUACCGUACAGUUUGAUCUAUGAUACAAAUGAGUGUAUCUCACAUUUGUCUCUUGCAAUUCUAGCUCACUAAUUGCCAUGGUUAGUUAUUUUGUU